GGUGUCAGUGGGAGGAAUAGUGCCCCAUCGUUGGUGUCAGUGGGGGGAGGAAUAGUGCCCCAUCGUUGGUUCAGUGUCAGUGGGGGGAGGAAUAGUGCCCCAUCGUUGGUGUCAUGGGGGGAGAAUAGUGCCCCAUCGUUGGUGUCAGUGGGGGAGGAAUAGUGCCCCAUCGUUGGUGUCAGUGGGGGGGGAAUAGUGCCCCAUCAUUGGUGUCAGUGGGGGGAGGAAUAGUGCCCCAUCGU